CUGCGUCCGACCGGCCGCCGCUCGCGCUCGCGGGGACUGCCACACUCGCGCGGCCCCCAGCCCCGUGCCUGCCGCGCCAGUGCCGCAUAGCUGCCCAUGGCUGACCUUAGCUUCAUCGAGGAUGCAGUCGCCUUCCCCGAGAAGGAGGAAGACGAGGAGGAGGAGGAGGAGGAGGGCGUGGAGUGGGGCUACGAGGAAGGUGUUGAGUGGGGCUUGGUGUUUCCCGAUGCUAACGGGGAAUACCAGUCUCCUAUCAACCUAAACUCCAGAGAAGCCAGGUACGACCCCACGCUGCUGGAUGUCCGUCUGUCUCCAAAUUACGUGGUCUGCCGGGACUGUGAAGUCACCAACGAUGGACACACCAUUCAAGUUAUCCUGAAGUCAAAAUCAGUUCUGUCAGGAGGACCGUUGCCUCAGGGACAUGAGUUUGAACUGUAUGAAGUUAGAUUUCACUGGGGGAGAGAAAACCAGCGUGGUUCUGAGCACACGGUGAAUUUCAAAGCUUUCCCCAUGGAGCUCCAUCUGAUCCACUGGAAUUCCACACUGUUUGGCAGCAUCGAUGAGGCAGUUGGGAAGCCCCACGGCAUUGCCAUCAUUGCAUUGUUUGUUCAGAUAGGGAAGGAGCAUGUUGGCUUGAAGGCUGUGACUGAGAUACUCCAGGAUAUCCAGUACAAGGGAAAAUCCAAAACAAUACCCUGCUUUAAUCCUAACACAUUAUUACCAGACCCUCUUCUGCGGGAUUACUGGGUCUACGAAGGCUCUCUCACCAUCCCACCUUGCAGCGAAGGAGUUACCUGGAUAUUAUUCCGCUACCCUUUAACCAUAUCACAGCUGCAGGAGGAAGACAAUGGUCCCAUGGAGCCCUUGGAUGAGGACUGGAAACUCCUGAGUGGCAGCUCCAUUUUAACCCUCAAGCCCGCAUUAUCGUCAGCUACUCCAGCUUUAAUGGAUAUCUGUGACCAUUGUCUGCACACAUGCUAUUAUGAAACAUUAGAAGUGGCUGUUCACUGUAAAGAAGCUCAGUGUAUGUGCACACACCACAGCUUCUGGUAUUCAGACUUUUGCACACACUGCUUAUUGUAAUGUGUACAAAGAAUGUAAGUAGUUUUUAGACCUAUUAAUAUGACUUUAUCAUACAUCAAUACGAGACAAAAGAAACCCUCCACACUUCCAGAGCCAAGUUAUUCAUUUUCUGUCUGUAUUAGAAACUAUGCUCAUCCCAGCCUAUUGUAAUUCUUGAUAAUAAAAUAAGAGUUUUGAUCUACAACAGCCUAGAACUUCAAAAUACAACAUGAAGGAGUCAUAAAAUUAUCUUGUGUGUUUUUUUAACAAUCAUAUCAAAUUUAAUAUCAAGCUUGUUUGUUAAUGAAAACAAUUUUGGAAUUAAUGAAAAAUACUUUAUAUAUUAUAUUUUAAAGAAUUUAAUUGAAUCUAAUAGAGCAUAUCUGAAACUAUGGUUUCUACGAAGUUAAGAAUAACACAAGAAAUAAAUAGGAAGAGUGAAAUCGUGAUAGCUUUGUUUUGCAUAGUGGGAAUAUAAUUCAAUAUUACACUAUAUUAAUUUAGUAUUGUACACUUUGUAAGACUUCACAAUUCUUUAAUCUCUAGAUUGAACUUCUGUGUUGCGGCAAGACAGGCUUGAGCAUAUUCUUAUUUUAAGAGUGGCUGUCCAUUAAGCACAUCUUUAGUCAUAUUUCAAUAUGACAGAAUGAUGCAAAGCAGUAGAGAUGCUAGCAAACAGCAAGAACUUAAUGAAUAGAAAGUGACUAUACUUGUUGACAAAACAAACGGCUUUAGUAACAACCUUAAUUUGGAGGGGUUUUGUGGUGGUAGAUAGAGAGGCAGCUGUUGAGAAGAUUUUAGAUCUGUUAGGUAGCAAGAGCAUUAAUGGUAACAAUACAAUUUUAAAAAAUUACAAUAGACCUUCCAGAAAACAGAAACAAAGAUGGUUCAUUGUAGAGUCAUGAGCAGGAAGGAAGACGGGAGUCAUGGUCCUGAGGAAAGUGGGAGAUGAGAAGGAUCCAUAGCCCCAGAACACAACAGAGAAGCCACAGGCAAGGCUCCCAAUGGCAAGGAGAGGCCCUGGAUACUUGUUUUUUGUGUUUCUAGCAUUUGCUAAAAAAUGAAAUGGCAAAGUAUAGGUUAAAUAAAAGGCAAACGAACAAACAAAACAAAACAAUCCUGACUCUAAACCUUCGCAUCAUCCAGGCUAGCACUAGGAGACAUAGCUGCAGGUGCAUUGUAGUUUAUAAUUAAUGGACUAGAUCUACAGGCUUUCAUGCUUGGCCAGUUAAACGGCACACCUGGUGCUUCUUUGGUAGAUCAGUGCCUGGGACACAGUCAUGCACAGAUGUCCAUGUCCUACAGGAUGGACCUGGACUUGAGCUCUUGGUUUUUAUGUCUCAUACUUCCUUCAGUCUUUACCCAUCUGACCCCGAAAUGUAUAAAGUGGAAAAUGUAACUACAAAAACCAGCAUGAUUGACUUCCAGUGUGAUAGCUAGCUGUCACAUGUUUAUCCUCUAGUCUAAGAUAAGAAUUUAACAAAGCAACCAAAUUUAUUUUCUGAGUAUUUUCUUAAAUGACCAUUUAAUAUUAGUAUCAAUGGUGAAGCUUAAUAUUCUUUAUAUUCUUCCUUUCUAUCUUUAUUUAUUUACUUAUUUUGAGAGAAGUUUUCACUGUCUAGCCUUGACUAUUCUGGGUAUCUAUCUCUGUGGUGAUCAGAUUGGCCUUUAUCUCACAGAGAUCCACCUGGCUAUGCUGGAAUUAAAGGUGUGUACUACUAAGCCCAACCAAUAUUUUCACAUAUGAAGAACCCCUUCAAGGGCUCAUUGCCACUGGUUCAGAAUGGAAACUCGAGUAUGUUGUUAUGAAUGGAUUUGAAAGUCUAAUUUGUUCAUCAAUAAAAUUGUAAAUAAAUGUU